AUGGUUCAAUUAAAACAGAAAGGAACGAGUUCCUCGAAAUUUCUAGAAAAAUGUGUUGUCAUCGGUCAAGAAAACGGGAAAAAUGAGAAAGAUGAAACUCGUCAAAACAACAGGAAAAAGGAUCUAGGUGAAAUUGAAUUAUUAUCAGUAGAAACCGAGAGUGAAAGACAAGUGGAACGAGACAAGUGCAAAAGAAAAAGUGAACGGAAAAGUGAGGAAAGAAGAAGAAGCUCGAUGGUUUUUUUCCGGCUGCCUCAAGUACACUUUUACAUAUCACACGCACAUCUCACGCAACUGUCGCGUAGAAAUACACACAAUCCGGAGAGAUGGUGCCAUCAUGAAAUUGAGAAAAAAAACAAUAUAAUAAAUAUACUUCUUAUACUAUAA